UCCGCGUGGCUACCUGCCAGUUUAGUCAAGUCGUGUUCCAGACAGCCUCGAAGAAACCCACUUCGUUCGAGUGCUGCGACGCGUUUGUGGAGGGUCGACGUCGUAUUUGGGGGGAAAAACAUGCAGUCCAAGCGCGCCACCUUCAGACACUUCAAACCUUUGUCAGCAUAUGCAAGGGUUGCAAUUUCUGAAGAGAGCCCGCACAAGUUUCCGGAGCCAUUUAUUAAUUUUCAUAUUGAGAUUUUCAACAAUGGUGCAACCAAGCGGAAAUGGGAUGAUUCCAAUCAGGAAAGCCAUGAUGAGAUGCCAGCAAAGAAACCGUUCAGUCCAAAGGUGUCAACGCCAGACGAAGGCUGUUUCCUGUCCUACUGUAGCCCUCCAGCGGGACAACAAUCCCCUUUAGUCCACUCUCAACCCUCACUGUUUUCUAAAACGCUGCCCAUCAAAGUCAAAACCAGUGAGUCUGUGAGCUUGGAACAUGAGGCAUGUAAAUCUGCCCCGGAACCAUGCUGUCUCGCAGGGACGAAUUCAUAUUUGUUCGAGUAUGAGCUCUUUCAUCAUCAGCCUGUCUUUGACUCUGAUGUUGAUGAGCUCUUGUGCCUCAAUCCCUCUUACGGCCAUAAAGGUGCUGAUCCUCAUGUAAAAGAUGAUGUGGAUAAGGGUUAUUUGUCCAUGUGCCUCGCACUCUCACUCCAGUCCCCACCUGCCUGUCGUCAAAUUCUAAAGAUGGCCGAGUACACGAUCCAUCCGCCAUCCAAAGUUUAUCACUCAAUUCAAAGUCCAGACCCUGCUGUGGGCGGGUUGUCAUUGGACUCCCCUGUAGAAUCUUUUGAGGGCGAUGCGAAGGAGGUGUGGAAUAUCGGUCCCCCCGUUCUCGAAUCGUCAGCGUGCGGAGAGGAGGAGAGCGGUAGUGGGAACCAAAAGGGAGAGGAAGUGCAGCCAAGUGAGACAAAACCUCUCUCUAAUUGUGACAACAGCUUGGAUGACACCAGCUUGGAGGUUCAGGUGAAGUCGGUUGUGCAUGUUGUCGGUCAGCCCACUUUCAGCAGUACACGAGCUGCACCUCGUGGAAAAUAUCUCAUCCAGAAGCAGUUGUCCACAUCAACACCCAGUACCAGUAAAGACUCCAUCCGUUCCAGGAGGCAGGUGGUGUUAAACACUGAGGAGGAUUGGGAGCGAGAGAAAAGGAUGUACGUCCAGUCAGUUCACAGACACAUCAGUGAGGCUUCAGAUGCUGCGCAAGAUGCUGUUAGUGAGCUGUGGGGUCUCAUGACGCAUGUCGGGCACGAUUCCUCUGGAAGACCAUGGCAACAUCCCUCGGACCUCACGCGCAGGAACUACAAGGCACACUUAAGGAACCCUGAAAUGAAAAUGUCCCUCCACGAAUGGCAGGCCAAGAACAUGGGAAUUCACAAGCGCUUUGAAAAAGUGCACAAAGUGUUCGAAAGAAGUCCAGUUCCCUAAGUGUUUUAUUCUUUCAAUUGUUGUAAUGGUACUUCCUGUUACAUUUGCACUUUUAUGUUUGCACUAUGUUUCUAUACUAAAUGUGUUGUGU